AUGAUAUUUGUUUUUCUUCUCGUUUUUGGAGUAUCUAUUCUUGGAAACGUUGAUGGAGGAAUUAAUGAUAAAGAAACCAUGGCGAUAACUGAACUUCUAUCAAACGUGGAACUACCAGAACAAAAUUUGUGAGUUUAGUAAAAAAAAUCAGGGAAUAUAGUUUCUUGGAACUUAUUCAAUCUAUUUUUUUGGAAAUUCAUGAUAUACAUAAAGAUUAUUACAAAAGAGUUACAUGAACUAUUCAUUGUUUCUAAUUAUGAUUUUCAGAGCCUAGGUUUUUUUUAGUUUAGUCUAAAAACAUCUAAAAAAUUCGUGCUAUUCCAACUGAAAAUACUUUUCAAAAAAUAUCUCAUUUCAUAAAAAAAUAUGAAAGAUUUUCCUCCAAAGUAAAAAAUAUAACAAAAAAUGCGAAACUAUAUAUAUAUAUCCAAAGUCUGGCUGUCUGCGUCUCUCGAAUAUACACACUAUUUCUCUGUUUCGUGUCUGCGUCUCUCGGAUAUACACACUAUUUCUCUGUUCUGUAUUUCGAAUAUACAUAAGGCGAGCUUUGGACGAUAUAUUCUCGCAUUUUUUGAUAUGUUUUUUACUUUGGACAUCGCAUUAGAAAAAAUAUAGUUUAUGAACCCCCCUUUCCUCUUAAUAAAUAAAUCUGAUCUUUAGGUCUGAUCUUGCACACUCGCCAUCUCCGAUUUUCGAUGCUGAUACCUCACACGAUCAUAAAACACACGAACACCACGGCAUUCAAAUAGUGAACUUUCGAUGGGAUUACGUCAAGGAACCAUUUAUGCUCACCGCUUUUAUAAUCAUCAUUGGCAUUUUCAAACUUGGUGAGCGAUGUUUUGAUCUCACCGCCUUUUGAGAUAAAAAAUUUGAAACAUUAAAAACUUUAGCUUAUCAUCACACAAGAUACACUCGUAAACUCAUACCUGAGUCAUGUCUUCUCAUUUUGCUUGGCGUUCUUUUUGGCUUCUUUUUUGUGUGAGUUUUAUCGCAAUUUUAUUGUCGGAAGGAACGUUAUCAAAAAAUGAAAUAUUUCAGAGGUGAUGAAACACAUGCGUCAAUCAAAUUUCUGGAAUUCAACUCGAAAAUCUUCUUCUUCUAUCUUCUUCCACCAAUUAUUUUGGAAUCUGCAUAUUCUUUGAAAGAUCGAGCUUUUAUUGAUAACUUCGGAACAAUUGUAUUAUAUGCAGUUUUGGUGAGAAAACAUGACGUAAUCUUGGAAAAAAUAGAAAGUGAUGACAUAAAUAUAUAAUGAUGUAUUUUGUCAUUAUUUGAUAAGCCAUUUUCAGAUAGGUAAAGUUACGAAUUUUGUCAUUUUUAUGUAUGACAGUUAGGAAAAACAGAUAAGAAACUUGAUUGAGUAAUAACGAAAUUCCAAGUUAUUCGAAAUCGGACGAAAAAAAUUUUGGAAUUGAGUCGAAAGUUCCUUACAGAUAUUCUGAAGUUUGAUAAGGAGAUGUUCUGAAAAUUAGCCAAAGUUCAACCUUGAAAUUAACUAGACUUUUUUGUACCUUUAGGCUUUUUAAAAACAUUACAGGAUAUUCGAAGGGAUUUCUAGUUAUAAAAAAUCUGCAUUUAUUAAUUUCCAAAAAAAAAUCAAAAAUUUAAAAUUUUCUGAAAAUAAUUUUGCCCUUCUAAUUCGAGAUCUAAAGAUCAAGUUCUUUUCCAGGGAACUGUAUUGAACAUUGUAUUAAUCGGUGGAGGUUUGUUAUUUCUCGGAAGAAUCGGAGCAAUCAGUGGAUAUGAUUUGGCAGUUCUCGAUACCUUCGUUUUUGCCUCUCUUAUUGCUGCCGUCGAUCCUGUCGCAGUUUUGGCAGUUUUUCAAGAAGUUGGUGUCAACAAAAUGUUAUAUUUCAUGGUUUUCGGAGAAUCACUUCUGAAUGAUGCUGUCACAAUUGUUUGCUAUAAUUUGGCUAAUGAAUUUAAAGAAAUUCCCGAGUUCACAUUGAUUGAUGUAAGUUAUUUUCAAUUUAAUAAAAAACACUAAAAUCUCUUGGGUUUUAUAGUGUUUGAAAGGAUUUGCUGCAUUUUUGAGUGUUUCCUUGGGUGGUCUUACAAUUGGAAUGUUAUGCGGUGCAAUGACUUCAUUUAUGACAAGAUAUACCGAAAAUGUUCGAGUUGUUGAGCCAGUUUUCUUAUUUGGAAUGGCAUAUUUAUCAUAUAUUGGUGCUGAACUUUUCCAUUUUUCUGGAAUUAUUGCAUUAAUCACUUGUGGAUUGCUUCAAUCACAUUAUGCAAGAUAUAACAUCUCAUAUAAAUCUUCGACUUGUGUCACAUAUUUCACCAAAGUUAUCAGUUCAUCUUCAGAAUCUUUAAUCUUUAUUAUUCUCGGAGUUAUGCUUGUUAAUGAGAGAGAAUGGUUCUGGCAAGACUGGCAUCCAACAUUUUCAAUUUGGUCGGUUAUUCUUUGUGUUGUUGUCAGAUUUGCAGGUAAAUAACUGAUUUUUAUAAGUAUGAAGUUAAAAUAAAAAAGGAAAAUUGAUCUUUAGUAACAUUUGGGUUGACAUACAUUGUGAAUCAAUUCACUGGCGGAGUACGGUAUAUUUCAUUCCAAGAGCAAUGUAUUAUGGCUUAUGGGGGACUUCGAGGAGCUGUUUCUUUCUCAUUGGCAUUCAUGAUUGAAUCAGAGGCGAAGAAUACAAUUCUGUCGGCGACUUAUAUGGUUAUUUUGUUCACCGUAUUCCUUCAGGUUUGUAAAUGGAGAAUUGGGCUAAGAUUCUUGAUCACGGAGCGUAUUUCGCCAUUUUUUUUCGCUCAUUUUCACUAAAAUCUGGUCACAAAUUUUCCUAGCAUUUUAUUCAAUCAUUUCACUUCCAGGGAUCAACAAUGAAAUUUUUGGUAAAAGUUCUGAAAAUUGGCCUAGCUGGAAAAGAAGAGCACAAUGCCUUGUUUAUCGAAUUCAACAAAGGAAUGAUCGAACAUUUAUCUCAAGGAGUCGAAGAUCUUUGUGGUUACAAAAAUUACAACUGGAUUGUGAGUUUCUCCCCACUUCAUUGCAUCUAAUUUUUUUUUUGAAUUUCAGAAUCAAUGCAGUGCAUUUUCCAAGAGAUUCGUUCGACCAAUCCUUGAGAAAAAGUAUAAUGAGAGAAGUAGAAGAGAAGGCAAAUUGGUUGAAUUGGAUCGCGCUUUUACUAUGAAGUGAGUUAAACAUAAUUUGAGGAUUCAAAAAAAAAUUUAAAUUUUUUUAGAGAAGCUAUGAUUAGCAGUCCUUCACAAAGUUCAUUCAAGAGACAACAAACUUUUGACGAGAUGGCUGAAUCGUGAGUUUUUUUUAUCCGAAACAUUUAUUCUGAAAAUAAAACUUUCUUUCCAGAGGUCAUAUUCCAAUGGAUCUUCUUGACGACGAUCAUCAUCACAUUCCUACACGCGAGGAAGUUGAUAAAAAAGCGGAAGAACUCACAAAAGAUUUGACAGCAGUUAGAAAAUUGAUGACAGAUGGCGACGUAAGAUUUUUCACUUCAUUGUUUUUUCUUCAAAAUUCUCGUUCCAGUUUUUCGUUGAUCGAAAUUUGACACAUGAAGAAGAAAAGGAACAAAAAGAGAAGAACAAGUUGCAAAAUUUGCAAUCGAGAGCAAAGAAAAUGUGGAAAGAGUUAGUGAUUUUUAGGUAAUUUAUGUUGAUUAUAAGUGGGGUUUUUUAAAGAAAGAAGAGAAGCAGUGUUUUCGGACGGAAGAAAUCAACUCGAGCAAAGGCAACACAACAAGGAUUGCUUCAUUCCGCUAUUCCGACGUUAGGUGUUCAUCAUUCUGUAUCAGAAGAUGGACAAAGUAGUUCAGGUUAGUUGAAUAAUUUAAAUUCUGGGAAAAUUGCGGGAAAUCUCUAGAACUUGGAAAAAAAAGAGUAAUUUUGAAUCGAAUAAAGUUGUAUCUAAACCGAAAUAUUUAAAACUAAUUACCGUAAUCAUCCAUUUCUGAAAACUUCCCUGAUUCAACAAUUUCUUUCAAAAAACCCCCCAAAAAAUGCAUAAUCUCUGCAUUGUUUUCUCGCCGAUAAAAAAUUCCUUACAUGUGUUUUUGUCAUGUGAAAAAAAAUUCGAUUUUUCUCGUCUAGCGAACAUAAAUUCACGAAACAACAAUUUUUAUGGAUUUUCCAUUAAUGGCAAAUAAUAUUUUGAAUAUUAUGAGAAAAUCACUGUACUAAUUCAGAAACAUUUCAGCUCGAGUUUCGAUUGAAGAUGAAGAAUCUGGAUUAACAAUGAGUCAUAACGCAGAGGAGCAUCCAUUGGUAACAAUUAACGAAAAUGAUGAAGCGAAAUUCUAA